AUGUUCCGCAACAACCAAGAGCCGAACAUACAGGCAGCGGCUGACAAGCUUAUUACCAUUUUGCAGGAGGUGCAGAUCUACACCAUGGCCAAUGGUGGCGCCCCAACCUAUCACAGCACCGGGAAAACAGGUGGAAAGCGGUCACGCACAACGAAGUUCUUUCGAUUUACUGCUGAACCAGAUGGACUUGUCCUCACUGAGUCGGUCAUCCCCUUAGCCCAGCGGGCCCGCAAUGUACACGGUCAGCUCAAAGUGAAGCUUGACAAACACAUUGACAUCACAGGUCUUGCCUAUCCUUGCCCACCUGGGUCCCACACCGACCCUGUCAGGGAAUGCUUUCCAGCGCCGUGCGGUUGCUGCCUUGUGCGGAUUGGGGCACCAUCUAUGUUUCAGAAGCGCAAAUGCGGCAAUUGCUUUGGCAUCAUCAAGGCCGUCAUUGGUGGUGUUACAGAAUACCGCAAUGAUCUUGUGCAGAAAUGGAGUCAGUCUGAGGGCGCAGAAGUUGUAAGCGAAGGGGAGAGUGACGAUGAUGACUGCUUUUCAGACAAUGAGGAUGAGGAUUAG